UUGGUGAGCUGUGGCGUCCCGUGAUAAAGCCAGGCAUCCAGGCUGGGAAACAAGACACCGAGUGAAACGACAGCGCUGCAGAGUCGGCGUCCCGCAGGGAAUAGAUGGUAGUCUGGGAGAGCGCUGUUGAAGUGUGGACACCAGGGUGUACGAAUCAAGCUCUCUGAAAAAAGAAGGAAGGAAGACAAGGGGACAGAAGAAAAGACGGACCGACGACAAUAGAGUAGGAACUUUUCUCACAGCUCGUCUUCCUCCACACUCUCACCUCACUGCUCUCCAACAUCGUCACAGCUUCACCAAGAUGAAGCAGAAGGAGGACCUGAACCCCAUGCUGCUGCUCCUCUUCCACCUCAUGGUGUGGAUCUACACCUUCAUCACCUUCCUGCCCUCCUACAUCCUCAGCUGGGUCUCCAGACCCGACGGGGGCUGCUACGGCUCCGAGGAGGAGCGAGCCAAGAGGGCGAAGGCCCGCUCGGUGCUGGGACGUCCCGAGGGACCCUACCGGGCAGUGAGUGCCACCAAGAGGUUGGUGACGUCGCUGCACCCUGGAGUGGACACCCUGGAUAAGGUGUUUGAGCAUGCGGCCACGAGGUUCCCACGCAGAGACUGUCUGGGGACGAGGGAGGUGAUCAGCGAGGAGGACGAGCGACAGAGCAACGGGAAGGUGUUCAAGAAGGUGGUUCUGGGUGAGUACUGCUGGCUCUCCUAUGAGGAGAUCCACACGGCAGCGUCGCAGCUGGGCAGCGGUUUGGCGUCACUGGGGCAGCGGCCAAAAAACAACAUAGCCAUCUUCUGUGAGACACGAGCCGAGUGGAUCAUCGCCGCCCAGGCCUGCUUCAUGUAUAACUUCCCAUUGGUCACCCUUUACUCCACACUGGGAGGUCCAGCCAUCGCUCACGCACUGAAUGAGACUCACGUCACACAUAUCAUCACCAGCAGAGAGCUCCUGGAGACCAGACUCAAGGAUAUCCUCAUUGAAGUUCCGAGGCUGCACCAUAUCAUCGUGGUGGAAAACACACCGACCUCGUGGCCCGGCUAUCCACGUGGCAUCAGCGUGCACAACAUGGCUGCUAUACAGAAGCUGGGAGACAGGCCAGAGAACGCAGCACGUGAGCGAAAGCAGCCGCUGCCCUCAGACAUGGCAGUCAUCAUGUACACCAGCGGGUCCACAGGCAUACCGAAGGGCGUCAUGAUCUCCCAUAGCAACAUCAUCGCUGGCAUCACAGGCAUGGCCGAGAGGAUACCCAACCUGUGUGAGGAGGACACCUACAUUGGCUACCUGCCUCUCGCCCAUGUGCUGGAGCUCAGCGCAGAGCUCGUGUGUAUUGCUCACGGCUGCAGGAUCGGCUAUUCCUCACCUCAGACUCUAGCUGACCAGUCAACCAAGAUCAAGAAGGGAAGCAAAGGAGACACCAGCGUCCUGCAGCCCACUCUGAUGGCAGCUGUCCCGGAGAUCAUGGAUCGUAUCUACAAGAACGUGAUGACCAAGGUGGAGGAGAUGAACUGCGUCCAGCGAACACUCUUCAUCCUGGCAUACAACUACAAACUGGAGCAGUUCGCCAAAGGAUACAGCACACCUCUAUGUGACAAACUGGUGUUCAGGAAAAUUCGCUCUCUGCUGGGAGGACGGACGCGAGUGUUGUUAUCAGGGGGAGCGCCGCUCUCCGCCGCCACGCAACGCUUCAUGAAUGUGUGUUUCUGCUGCCCAGUGGGUCAGGGAUACGGCCUGACGGAGACCUGCGGUGCUGGAACCAUUAGCGAACUGUGGGAUUACAGCACUGGGAGAGUGGGAGGGCCGCUGGUUUGCUGUGAGAUCAAGCUCAAAGACUGGGUGGAAGGUGGUUACCGCAGCACUGACAGGCCAUAUCCAAGAGGAGAGAUUCUGAUCGGUGGACCCAAUGUAACCAUGGGAUACUACAAGAGAGAUGCCAAAAACCAAGAGGAUUUCUUUGUGGAUGAGAACGGGCAGCGGUGGUUCUGCACAGGAGACAUUGGAGAGUUUCACGACGAUGGGUGCCUCAAGAUAAUUGAUCGCAAGAAAGACUUGGUGAAACUGCAGGCAGGGGAGUACGUCUCUCUGGGGAAGGUGGAGGCCAUGUUGAAGAACUGCCCUCUGGUCGACAACAUCUGUGCCUAUGCCAACAGUGAUGAGACGUACGUGAUUGGCUUCCUGGUGCCCAAUCAGAAGCAGUUACUGGCCCUGGCCGACCAGUACGGCAUCCGAGGCUCGUGGGAGGAGCUGUGCACCAGUAAAGCCAUGGAGGAGCUGGCCCUCAAGAUCAUCACUGAGGCUGCUCUAGCAGCCCAGCUAGAGCGCUUUGAGAUCCCUCGCAAGAUCUGCCUGAGCCCAGAGCCGUGGACUCCGGAGACAGGACUAGUGACUGACGCAUUCAAGCUCAAACGCAAGGAGCUGAAGACACGUUACCAGGACGACAUUGAGAGAAUGUACGGCGGAAAAUAACGACAAGACCCAGCACAGCAUUGUUCCUUCUCAAAGCACAGACCAACACUUGAGUGAACAUUCCCAGAACCCUCUCACUGCUCCCUUACAUCCCUCCCCAUGAACAUACGAGCCACAAUAACCUGAAUCUGUGGUAAAGAAAGAAGGUAAAGGACAGGGUGUUACCGACUCCAUCAUGGAAGGGGCUUCUACUUGAAUUUGUAACUAAAGACAGGCUGAAAAAGAAAAGACAAAAUGUCCCUGUCCACUGCUGCCUUCACCCUUCUCUGUCCAGGUGUAUGACCUCUUUGUGGGGAGCUUUAUUGUUCCAGAUGUGAGUUAUGAAACAGAUGGUGUGUUAGCUGAUGUUGUCUGUUGAACUCUCUCUGAGUGCCACAGCACGUUGCUUUGUGCCCACCCAUGAGACACUAGAUUGGUCACGUGUGUAAAGUUUAUUUCGUACAUUUUGAUCUUCGUUUAACCUAAAGGAUCCACACUCCUUCCUCCUGCAGGUCAGGACACAGUUAAUUCUUCUGUUUUUGUCCACAUGUUUUGAGUUCUGUCAGUCGUUUAUUUUGUCUCAGUCAGACUUUGUCUCCCACGGGCGCGGGACGUCUCUCCCGUCAGCACAUCUUGAAACCAAAAGCACAAAGUCAUUCGAGGAUAAAUGAGAGCAGGUUGGUGACAGCGCGAACAUAUCUGGUCUAAAAAUCUUAUCAACAACAUGAAGGUCAUCGUCCUUUUUUAGGAAAAUGAAUAAAUUGCACCUUGUAGUUUUAUUUAAAAAGAAAAGAAACAAAUUUGCACUGUUUAGUCUGUUCUAUUUUCCUACAGUGAUACUUUUUAUGUUCUGUACAGAACACAUUGUGCACCAAAAAUGCACAUUUAUUUGCUUGUAUUACAGAUGAAAUGACUGUGUAAUCAUUGUCAUGUUUGAUAAAUCUUAGCGCAAUAUGAAAAUGUAUCAUAUCUGUCCAAAUAUGGCAUUUGAUUACAGAUAGGACCUAUAUAUAACUUUCUCACUGUGCGUGGGCGGGUUGGAGAAAUUAGCACACUUUGACAAGUGUGACGUCUGUGUGUGUGUGUGACGAACAUUUACUCUGCAGGACUGUCAUCACCAGCUUUAAGUCACACAUCUGCACGAGUAUGACUAAGUGUGAGCAACUCAUGGAGUUCAUACACGGCACAAACAUGGCCCCAGCAGCAUCCCUCACAAUGUGACACCUGUUGCCUUCUCUUGUGAUUCUGAGUCACGCCUUUCUAAUUCCUGCCUGAUUUUUCAUUUGAUGUUUCUCCUGACGUGUACGUACAGUACAUGUGGAUGUGGAGCUGGGAUCGGCAGAGGAAGCACAUGUAUACCCUCGAUUUUAACGUAAGCUUUAUUGAUGUAAACCUGUUUUAGAGCUACACUCCCUCUCUGUACCGAGAGCCUGCCUUGUAACAUAAGUGCAUCCAAUUAUUUAUUUGUAAUUUGCCUUUGGAAAAUAUGCCCAAAUGAAGUAAAUAAAGUGUGU